CGCGCGGCUCUUCUCUCGGGGAGAGCGUGCGCGAGGAUGGCAGCGGCAGCGGUGGCGGAGGGAGCUCGCGCUCUGGACGAGUCCUCGGACAGCGACGCGGAGCACGAGCCCGGCGCGCCGCAGAAACUCAUCCGUAAAGUGUCCACUUCCGGUCAGAUCCGCAGUAAGACGGUGCUGAAAGAGGGGAAGCUGAUGAAACAGACGAACUCUUUUCAGCGCUGGAAGAGACGCUACUUCAAACUGCGUGGGAGAACACUGUACUAUGCUCAGACUGCUAAGUCGAUCAUCUUUGACGAGGUGGAUUUGACUGAUGCCAGCGUGGCUGAGUCCAGCACGAAGAACGUCAACAACAGCUUCACCAUUAUCACUCCAUGCAGGAGAUUGAUUCUUUGUGCUGAGAACAGGAAGGAGAUGGAGGAGUGGAUGGCAGCUCUGAGGAGUGUACAGAGCAGAGAGCACUUCGAGUCUUCUCAGUACAGUAUGGACCAUUUCUCCGGGAUGCAUAACUGGUUCUCGUGCUCGCACGCUCGGCCCACGUACUGCAACGUCUGCAGGGAAGCGCUGAGUGGAGUGACAUCACAUGGCCUCUCUUGCGAAGUGUGUAAGUUUAAGGCGCAUAAACGCUGCGCUGUCAGAGCCACUAAUAACUGCAAGUGGACGACGCUCGCGUCCAUCGGCAAGGACAUCAUCGAGGAUGAGGACGGGAUCUCUAUGCCUCAUCAGUGGUUGGAGGGAAACUUGCCUGUCAGUGCAAAGUGCAGUGUGUGUGAUAAAACGUGUGGCAGUGUUCUCCGAUUACAAGACUGGCGCUGCCUUUGGUGUAAAGCCAUGGUGCAUGCAGCGUGUAAGGAUCAGCUCUCCACUAAAUGUCCACUCGGUCAGUGUAAAGUGUCUGUGAUUCCUCCUACUGCUCUCAACAGCAUCGACUCAGACGGGUUCUGGAAAGCGUCGUGCCCCCCCUCGUGCUCCAGCCCCCUGCUGGUGUUUGUGAACAGUAAGAGUGGAGAUAAUCAGGGUGUAAAGUUCCUGCGCAGGUUCAAGCAGCUGCUCAACCCGGCCCAGGUGUUCGACCUGAUGAAUGGAGGACCUCACCUGGGUCUGCGGCUUUUUCAGAAGUUUGAUACGUUCCGGAUCCUGGUGUGUGGAGGAGAUGGCAGCGUGGGCUGGGUUCUGUCUGAGAUAGACGCACUGAUGCUGCACAAACAGUGUCAGCUGGGUGUUUUACCACUGGGAACUGGAAAUGACCUGGCCAGAGUUCUGGGCUGGGGGUCGGCGUGCGAUGACGACACACAGCUUCCUCAGAUCCUCGAGAAACUUGAAAGAGCCAGCACCAAGAUGCUUGACAGAUGGAGUAUCAUGGUGUAUGAGACGAAGUUUCCACGGCAACACUCAAGCUCCACAGUAACGGAGGACUGCAGUGAUGAUUCAGAGGUGCAGCACAUUCUGACCUAUGAGGAUUCGGUCGCAGCUCAUCUGUCGAAGAUCCUUACUUCAGAUCAGCACUCUGUGGUGAUCAACUCUGCCAAGGUUUUGUGUGAAACGGUGAAGGACUUUGUGGCUAAAGUGGGUCGAGCAUAUGAGAAGAACACAGAGAACUCAGAGGAAUCAGAGACCAUGGCCAAAAAGUGCGGAGUCUUAAAAGAGAAGUUGGACUCUUUGUUGAAGACGUUGAGUGAGGAAGCUCAGGCUUCCGUCGUCAUGCCAACACCAACGCCCACCAUUGCAGAGGAGCAGGAAGAUGGGGAGUUGCAGGUUCCCCAGGCCACGCCCACAGUCAAACUCACAGCCCCGCCUCCUUGUUCACCCCGCCCACCUGCCGCGAUCUUUAAACCCAGAGAACAGCUGAUGCUGAGAGCCAACAGCUUGAAGAAAGCCAUCAGACAGAUUAUAGAGCACACAGAGAAAGCGGUGGACGAACAGAACGCUCAGACGGAUGAAGUGUUCGGCACAGUGUCUCCCGAGGAAGAAGAAGAAGAAGAAGAGGAGGAGGAGGAUGAAGAUCAGGAGUCUCUGAGAUCCUACAGCACCAGAGCACGGCAUCUCAGGAGAGUGUGUAAGGGUCCGUGUGAGAAGCUCAUCGCUAAAGGCAGCUUAUCAGUGGGCAGCUCUGCAUCACUUCCUGCUCAGACAGGAGGUCGAGAAAACAUGCUGAGCACCAAGAUUCUGUUCCCAGCAGGAAUGUCCGGCACUCUGCCCAGCAGUUCAGUUAUCAGCAGGCUGCUAGUGAACGCUGACCCCUUCAGCUGUGACCUGGAGAACCUGGAGUGUUACACAGAAAAGUGUGUGAUGAAUAAUUAUUUCGGAAUCGGACUGGACGCCAAAAUCUCGCUGGACUUCAAUAACAAGAGAGACGAACAUCCAGAGAAGUGCAGGAGCCGUACUAAGAACAUGAUGUGGUACGGGGUUCUGGGGACCAAAGAGCUUCUUCACAGAACUUACAGAAACCUGGAGCAGAGAGUGCUGCUGGAGUGUGAUGGACGGCCCAUACCUCUGCCCAGUCUCCAGGGCAUCGCGGUGCUGAACAUUCCCAGUUACGCUGGAGGAACAAAUUUUUGGGGAGGAACCAAAGAGGAUGAUACGUUCACUGCGCCGUCAUUUGAUGACAAGAUUCUGGAGGUGGUAGCCGUGUUUGGCAGCAUGCAGAUGGCUGUGUCUCGAGUUAUCAACCUACAACAUCAUCGAAUAGCUCAGUGUCGUACAGUGAAGAUCACCAUCCUGGGCGAUGAAGGUGUUCCUGUGCAGGUGGAUGGAGAAGCAUGGAUCCAACCACCGGGAUUCAUUAGGAUCCUACACAAGAACCGAACACAGACACUGACCAGAGACAGGGCAUUUGAGAAUACUCUGAAAUCAUGGGAGGACAAGCAAAAAUGUGAUUUUACACGGCCAGUAUCCCAGCAUGCAGUGCAGCCUGAGAUCAUCACUGAAGAGGAAACGGCUCAGAUCAGUGUGUUUGGGCAGAACGCAGGAGCUCUAAUACACAGCAUUAGAGAGAUUGCUCAGUCUCACCCCAGUAUGGAGCAGGAAUUAGCGCAUGCUGUGAACGCCAGCUCUAAAGCCAUGGACACUGUGUAUGCCAACUCGAAGAACAACACGGGCCUGACUUGCAGUGUGGUGCUACAGAUGGUCAGUAAUGUGAAAGCCCUGCACAGUGAGACGGAGCUCUUGCUCACAGGAAGGAUGUGCUUGCAGUUGGACCCGCCGCAGAAGGAGCAGCUGAUUGCUGCUUUAGCGUCCGUCGCUCUGCAGCAGCGCAGACUCAUGGAAAUCAGCUGGAUUAGCGCGGCCAUUGAUCCGACUGACGACGAGGGACAUUCUUUGGAUUUCUCCAAGCGUAGUAGAAGUGCUAAAUUCCGUCUUGUUCCCAAAUUUAAGCGGGACAAAAACAACAAGAACAGGGAGAUGUGUACCACUCUCAACAUGCCUGUGAAUCAGUGGGGAGUGGAGGAAGUGGCAUGCUGGUUGGAGCAGCUGUGUCUGUCAGAGUAUAAGGAGAUCUUCAUCAGGCAUGAUGUGCGUGGACCAGAACUGCUGCACCUAGAGAGGAGAGACCUGAAGGACCUGGGUGUAACGAAGGUCGGUCACAUGAAGCGGAUCCUGCAGGGAAUCAGAGAUCUGAAUCGCAACAGCACGGCCAGCGAGGCUUAGACUCUCCAAGCCAAUCACACACUCAGAGGGGCGGGACCAGUCUCAGCACAGCCAAUCAGCUCAGAGGGACCAGUGCAGUGAUGUCACUCAAUUCACACCUCAGCACAGUGCCUUCAUUUCACAUUUGUGACAUCAGCGUUGAGGAGAAAUCUCUACUGCCAGCCUGUGUGUGUGUGUGUGUGUGUGUGUGUGUGUUAGAAUGAGGAAGGGAGCAGUAAAUAAGAGCCAUCAGUAAUCAAAGGGCUACAGAUGUAUGAAAGUGAAAUGAAAAACUGUGCUGUUAUAAUUAGCCAUUAGCAAAAAAAAAAAAGAAAACAAAUCAGGAAAUAUUUUUCAGGAAUCCACGCUGUCCGAAUGUUAAUAGCUUUAUUACCUAACCACACUGCGUCAUGACAAUCAGUCAAGUAAUGAUCAAGUGAUAAAUAUCCUGGUCCAACAGAUACAACCACAAUCUACCUGUGUGUGUGUGUGUGUGUGUGUGUGUAAAAGAGCGAGAGAGAUAGAGUGAGUGUGUGUGUGUGUGUGACCUACACUACUCAGCAAAAAAAAUAAAUCUCAUAUCAGAGUUGGGGUUUGUGUUAGCAUCAGGAUUUUAGGGUUAACAUUGGGGUUUGAUUCAGUGUUUGGUUUGAGUUGGCAGGAGCGUCGCUUAGUUAAACCAGAUGUCAUGAAGUUGUGCUUUCGACAGGCAAACUGUGCUGCGGUACGUCUUGCUGUGCAGGAUGUUGAGGUCUGUAAUUACACUCGACCUCUAACCAAACCCCAUUUUGAGAAACGUGAACGUUGUGUCACGACUCGUGAACUCAAAUCUGUCAGAAAUUCACCGCAAGAACUGGCUUCUUAUGUGGAUUUUUUCCUAAACACACACUGCUGAACACACAUUAGCUGGAGUUUACAGUGUGACUCUCAACAACACAUCAGCAACAGUCAGUAUUAUAACAUGAGUGGCAGAGAAAGUACUUUUCCAUCGAACACAGAACUUAGUUACAGAAGAUCUGUGAUGAAAUUAAAUAUAAAUUAUAAAUUAGUUACAGCUGCAUUACAGCUGCGAUCAGUGCAGUCGCUGAACGCUGUAUUUAAACAGCCCGAUUAACACAAUUCUCAUAAAACAGAGAUGUGUGUGUAUGAGAGAGUGUGAGAGAUCAGCCAUAUCAUUAUGUCCCGUAGUGUUUGUGUUAAAUAUUUAUUAAGCUCUGUGUGUUUUGUACAAAGCUCUGUAUGAGAGUGUACAUACAUUCCUCAUGUACAAACAGUCGGUAUUAAACCAGUGCUGAGUUACA